UGCAUAAUGCACACUGGUCCUUUAAAUUACCCUUGUAUUUUGUUAUACAUCUCACCGGAAGCACCGUGUCCUCACUCUAUGUGACUUGACACUGACCACUGAAGGAAAACGGAGCAGAAGAGCGAAACAUGGCGACUUCGAACAAUCCGCGGAAAUUCAGCGAGAAAAUCGCUUUACAUAACCAGAAGCAGGCGGAGGAGACGGCGGCAUUUGAAGAAGUGAUGAAAGACCUCAGCAUUACCCGGGCAGCGAGGUUACAGUUGCAGAAGACUCAGUAUUUACAGCUGGGACCGAACCGUGGGCAGUACUAUGGAGGAUCUUUGCCAAACGUCAAUCAGAUUGGAAGCAGCAUGGUCGAUGUGUCUUUUCAGAAUUCAGGAUUGGACACCAACAGAUCGACGCGACACCACGGGUUGGUGGACAGGGUCUACCGAGACCGGACCCGCAUCACAUCGCCCCACCGAAAGCCCCUGUCUGUUGACAAACAUGGGCGCCAGAUCGACAGCUGUCCAUAUGGCUCAGUAUAUCUGUCGCCGCCACCUGAUACCAGCUGGAGGAGGACAAACUCUGACUCAGCACUGCACCAGAGCACACUAACUCCUGCCCAGCAGGCCUCCUUCACUGGAGGAUCACAGGAGCUCCAGCCAAAACGAGUUCUCCUGUUAACUGUACCAGGGUCUGAAGCAAUUGAACAGGAUGUUGAUGAAGAUGGGCAAGAACAGAAUUGGGACUGCAAAAAGAACAUUUCAAGGUCCAAGCCCUGCAAAGUUCCAGGAAUCCACAUAUUCCCAUCUCCGGACCAGCAGUUGACCACUUCACUAAAACCAGCUGCCCACAACACUGGCGGUUCACUGCCUGACCUGACCAACAUCCAGUUCCCUCCUCCGCUGCCCACCCCUCUGGACUCAGAUGAUACUGCAGCCGCCUCGUUCACCUCCUCCAACAGCACACUGGCGAACGCACAAGGAGUGAACAGCUCUGAGCCCACAGUAACCAUGGAGAUACAGUCUGGGCAGGACAACAUGGUUCCUCUCAUCCUGAACGCAGGAGACCAGCACCAGAACCUGCAGCUCUCCCCGUCAUCUCCACCUCUCACUCUAUCUCAGGCGGCCAUCAAUGCCAUGAACCUCGAGCAGCAGCUGUCCCAGUAUGCCUUCUUCAACCAGCAGCCGUCGUCCCAGACCCACCAGAGCCAGCAGCAGACAGGCCUGGUCCAGCUGCCGUCCUCUGUGAACUCCUGCUCCACGUCAGACAACCAGACCUCCUCACAAACCAACAUGACCAUCGACAUGAACACAGCCCCCCUCCAACAGUACCGCAGUAGGGUCGGAUCCUCUGCCAAUCAGUCUCCAACCUCCCCUGUCUCCAAUCAAGGCUUCUCACCUGGCGGCUCGCCUCAACAUAACUCCAUUCUGGGUAGCGUGUUUGCAGACUUCUACGACCAGCAGCUCCCAUCCAUUCAGGCCAGUGCUCUCUCUCAACAGUUGGAGCAGUUCAACAUGAUUGAAACCCCCAUCAGCUCCGACAGCCUGUACAACCAGACGUCUACCCUCAACUACUCCCAGGCACUUAUGAUGGGUUUGACUGGUGGCCACUGCAACCUUCAGGACUCGCAGCAGCUGGGCUACAGUAGCCAUGGCAACAUCCCCAACAUCAUUCUCACAGUGAGUGGAGAGUCUCCCCCCAGCCUGCCCAAGGACCUGACUGGCUCACUGUCGACAGACGUCAGCUUUGAUGUCGACUCCCAGUUCCCGCUGGACGAUCUGAAAAUCGACCCGCUGACGCUUGACGGCCUGCACAUGCUCAAUGACCCGGACAUGGUCCUUACUGACCCCGCCACAGAGGACGCGUUUCGCCUUGACCGACUCUAACGCCUCUACAUGCUCAUGCACAGGUGUGCGAACGCUGCUGCUUUGGGCGGGAUGCAGAUUUGUGCAGUGCGUCGGUCGAGACCCCAUCCGGACAGAGCGUCAGUUCGACACCAACCGACACAAUCAAACCCCACAAGAGAGCUUUUUAAAGAAACAUCACUGCAGGAAAAUGCGUUGACUGUUGCCAGCCUCCCUUCUCUUCAGAACCUGAGGAUGGUUUAUGACUUAUGACAUUGAGUUACGGUAUGAAUCCUGUAAUCCACUUCUUUUUGCUAAUGACACAUCCAUUUUUGAUUUAUUAUAUAUUAUAUGCCUAGUUUUUAUGAAUAUUGAUUUGUGGAAACUUGACAAAAAUAUCAUGUGGGCAGAAGGAGCCUGGGCUUUUAUUCUCUAUCAAUGAUUGACAAAAUAAUAUCUGCAGAGCAAACCCUAAACUAACUACAGUACACCACACACCUGUCACCGUAGCGUAGCUUAAUGACUCAGAGGAAACACCUGGUUUGGUCUGUGAAGUUUUAACCUCCCUCUGUGCCAAACUGGUCUUUCUCAGUCCCACAUUUGGUUUGGAUUUCAAGCGCCAAUCCCUGUUUGAUUUGUUGUAGAAGCCAAAGUCACGCCUGGUUUUAUUUUAUCCCAAAUUUGCUCACAAGUCUUGAGUGACAAUGAGUCAUUUUGUCACCUAAGUUAUUUUUAGAAAACGCUGAAGUUUUGAUUUCACCAUAGUAAAUAGCGGUCAUCAGUUAUGCAUGAAAUCACAAAUCACUGUGCAUACUUGUUUUGCCUUAAUAGCUUGACAUUUUGGUUUUCAUGCAAAGAUGACUAUUAUGUAAAUGAGAAAAAAAAACAACCUUUUAAUGGUCGAGUUUACUGUUUUUACAGGUGGUUUGGCCUCCAUCAUUCACAGUUGCAUUACUCUAGUCGUACUUGUAAGGCGUGCUGAUCUUUAUCCAUCCGUCGUUUAUCUAUUGUCACUACCGUGUCAUUUUUCAUAUUCAUUUAUCAGUCAAAUCAAAAUGGAUAAAUGAGUUAUUUGUUAUGAAAUAGAUGUUUACAGGUUUGUUUUGUUUUCUAUUUUACAUGUACAGAAUGUGAUUAGAUUUUGCGUAACGGAAUCUAUGCAAAACUACAGUGAUUGAUUUAAAACUGUAAAAUAAAACACAUAAAAUGAACCCUUCUAUAGAGAAAGCCAAUGUGCACGAUUCUUAUAGAAUGCACAGCGAUGGUGCCAUGUUAUAUUUCUUUUGAUACUUUUUAAACAUUUUUAUUUCAAAACUAUUAAGGUGUAGACAAAAAACGGCUCAGUGAGCGUGUCAUAGAGUAGAAACUGAAUCUUUCCUGGAUUACUCCCAAAGAUGUGACCUCAGUGUAGUUGAAAUAUAUAUAUAUAUUUUUCCAGACAAUUGAACUGCCUCUAUACUAGAACAGCAUUGUUGAUGCAAUGAGAAUGUAUUUAGGUCACAUCUGUACAGUCGUGUUGUUGCCAUCUUGUCAUUCUCAUUGCCUGUCUCAUAUCUAGCCUUUUAUGUACUGUACUGUAGGACCAAAUAUCUUAUCACCCGUUACUUUUUCUCCCCAGAAAGGAGACUGUUAUUGUCGUAUUGAUUUAAAUUGUACAGAUGACUUUGUCUGUUUUGUUGGCACUACAGUGACACUGUUUCUUCAUCAUGCUCAUGUUGUCUGUGCCCUUUAUCUAUUUGUUUCAUGUGUUUUUGGUCUUUCUUUAUUGUGGCUUCUUGCGUUUGCUCUUUAAAAAGAAGAAUCCCCAUGCAAAGUCCAGUAUCGAUAUCCCAUAUGCACUUUAUGCAUUUAUUUAAAACACUUAUUUAUGAGAAUUUAUAUACCAAAUCCCCUGUGACUGUUAUGUGCACUGGACCUGUUUGCCCUGUCUUUGAUCAUACAUGCCUUCUUGUAAAAAAAACAAAACAACAAAAAACAAAACAAAAAAAGAAACAAAUAUGGAGGGAAGAAAAAUUAAAUUAUAGCUAUUUUUGAAAAGUCAUACAUCGAUUUAAAAGUCUAUUUAAAAGAGCCACAUUUUUACUUAAUCAGUGAAUAUUUUGUUAGCCCCCUCUGUCGCAGCUCUUUCUGCUAGCGAUAGCAGGUUUGAGUCAAUAAAUUAAAUUUAAAAAAUGUUUUAAUCAAUCACUAAUUAACCUAAACUAAAACCUAACUAAAAUGUAUGAUUAAAAUAGUUUAAAAUAGUGCAAUUUCUUAGAUUACAACAUUUGAAAUUUGCAGGGCAUAUUUUAUGGCAUUCUUAUUGUAAUUCAGUGCAGGAACAAUAAUUAUUAAAACACCCAUAAAAGGAGAAUAGUCUAUUUUCUAAGACACUGUAAAGUCAUUUUCCAUCAAUAUUCCACACUAUGAAAAACACUUGUCUGUAGCUGCGACAGUAUGUUUGUUUUGUUAAUGUAUGUCAAGGUCCCCCUGUGCCAGCAUAUUUCACCAUUACUCUCACACAAUUUAAAUCAAAAAUGUUCUGACAAAUGUGAUCCAGUCAGUUGAGCUUGAAGAUGCCCCCCCCCCCCCCUCCCUUUCCCCCAACACUUUAAUGUUAUGGAUGCAUUAUGUUUUGGAAUUAUGAUGCAGUGUUUUUGGUUUGUUUUUUUUCUAUUUUAGUACUUUUGUGAUUGCAUGAAUCU